AUGAUUCACUCUCCUCUUAGCUCGGAUGUGAGUCCUUAAAGCAACAACAAGCCUCUUUCUGCAUAGAACAUUCAUAAUUGUGCGUACAAGCGUGGUGUAUAUAUCUGUGACUGCACACUGCAGCUAUCUGGGGGUGAAAGGGCCUUUUUAUAUCGUUGAGUAAUACCCAUUGUAAACAACACAUAUCUCUUUUUUUACCUGUAAAAUUCAACACUUGUUUACAUGUGAAUCACAUGAAUCAGUUGUAGCGGAAAAUUUCAAUGAACAGGAUGUUUAAAAUUUGAAUUUAACUCAAGACUUGGUUACAGCGUACAUACCAGCCACUGUGAAGAGAAAUGUUUCGUUGAAGAUUAAUUCCGCAGUAAUCACGACAUCAUAGCUUCCGUAAAUAUUAUCUAAAUAUACAUUGGAUACACUGACAAUACGUAUUAUAUAUUCUACAAUGACAGCAAAGUUAUAAAAUAUUAUCUAUUGCGGUAUUAGGAAGAGGGAAGUAUGUAAAUACAUGUAGUACUUGAAAAUCAAUUUUCGUUUCGACAGAAAAAAGUGCAAAUACAACAACAGUAUAUUUUUGUCCAAGACAGAUUAUAAGCGACUGCUCUCGUGUGAUGGGGUUGCCUUAAGAAAGCAGACACAGUCAUCUUGAAUCAAGGAUGCGGCAAAACGUCACAGUUUCCGCCUUCAGAGUUACUCGUUAGUGAUGUGUUGAUGUAGACUAGUUCCGGUGUUCGUGUGCAAGUUUGAUAACAAUACGUCUUCCAUUAAUUGUGUACCAGGAUAUUCGCUGACUUUGUGAUCACAAUAUUAAGGAUAUAUUCACAGUGUUUAGGAAAGAUGGACAUGUCGAUGGAGCUCCCCCCGCCCCCUCCGCCCAUCGUGAGUGAAGGGCCUGGCUCUCCUGAUUCUCCUCUACCCCCGCCUCUUGAUGGCCUUACGAUCCAAGACAGUCCGGAAAGUACCUAUUGUACCACCGAGGAUAUUAUCCACAUGCAACAGAAAGCGAACAAAGCUAAACAAGGAAUGAACCGAAUCUCGGAGAAAUACGACGCCGUGGAUAAAUUCGGUCCACAGGGCAGAAAAGAUUUGUCAGGCAGCAAGGAACGCCUGGAUAUAUCCGAGCCCACGCCUAGCGGGCCCGGCAGACCGGGACUCAAUGUGUGUAACUUUGCCGAGGGCGUGACAGAGGAGGAUUUACUUCAAGUGGACAUGUUUUAUCGGAGUCAUAAGACGGAGAUCUUUGUGUGUCAGUGCCUUGCCAAUCUCUAUUUCGGGAAAGUUAAAGGAAAUCAAGACCAGUGGAAAUUCGCAAUGACGGGUAUACCCGUCCUCGUUUUGGAUACCGGGGAUCAUCAUCGGAAACGGAAGUUACAAAUUGUCCUAGCAGAAAAGGGUACAGGCUUUCUUUUGUGGAAGGAUGAUAUCGACCACCUGUCCACGUACAAAGCCGAGCACCCGAACUUUCAUACAAUGUCUUUAUCCACCGACCACACAAGGCUGGCCGGUCUGAGUUUCGACCAUGCAGCCUCUGCCUCGGACUUUAACACCACUAUUGAAAAACUGACCUCCAACCCUGACGACGAACUCAUGAGUCUUAGCAAAACGAAACACAAAAGACAAAAAUCUGAGAAAAAGAAAGCAGGCAAAUACAAAGCACCGAAAAAGACCGAGAUCUCUACGCCAUGUUGUUUUGUUCACGUGACUAAAUUAGAACGACCCGCUAUUGACCUGACGGCGGACCAUAGCAUUAUUUCGGGUCCAAUGCACUUUGAAAAUGUUUUAGAACCACCCAACGGAGGGCAAAUGAAUUCCACUAGUGAUUCAAGUUCGGCCUAUUCUGAUGGAUUUAGUUCUCACUGAAGUUUUUGAAAGGAUAUUAAGCCAAAAUAAGAGAUUCAUUAAUACAAUCUUAGUUUAAGAACUUGAAGACAAAUUCUAUAUUUAAAUCCUAAUAUUUGAUGGAAAUUAAACAUUAAUAUAACAAAAUAUUUCGGAAUGAUAUAACUUAUUGCGAGUUAAUUUACUUGACGUAUAACAAUUAUUGUCCAAUGUAAAAUAUCGUGUACAAGAAUUGUGUAAUGCUGCGCACCAUUCAACCAAAGGUAAAUAAUUUUGAAUACUGUACUCCAAGUUCUAUAUAUAAAUUUACACAACGACUAAAAUCUAUUCAUUUAAAAAUUAAUUAAACAACAGCUUUAUUUGUACAUGUACCAAAAGCUCUGCCAUUCACAUUUAUUUUCAGAUCAUACACACUUCACAUCAAAUCGUUAGAAACGUAAUUAUAUAAACCAUGCAGUGAAGAAGCAUAACUCUAGAGAUAAAUGUCAUUCAGGAACGCUAGAUAAUAUAGAUUAAUUCAAUUCACUUAAUAAGCCUAACUAUUCAUAUAACUUCUGCAGAUACAAAUAACAAGCUAAUACAAGAUGAUAAAUAAAAUGUGAAUACCCGAUAUGAAUGGAUAACGUUGUGUUAGGAGACGGAUACUAUAUGAUAUUACGAAGAAUAAGACACAUUAAGAAUUUAAAAAACCGUUAUAAAAUGUUAAACAUAUUUUUCCAUAUGUUUAUAACAUAUCGGUUAGAUAUGGCCGAGAGGGUUAUUGUUAUUAUUGGUGCAUGAUGUAUUCUAUAUGUUUGCUGAAUAAAUAUUUUGCUUUA